UUUGAAAAAAUGAGCAUUUAUGACAAGUACCCGAAGAUGGUAGAAAUUAGAAGUAAGUGUAUAAUUUUGUUAUAAUCUUAAUGUUCUAUAAUAGGUACAUCUCCUCACAACAUAAUUGGUCGAAAAAUCUCAGUGUCUCCUCAAAAUUUACCAUUUUGCUCAUCCUCAGCUCGAGAAAUAUGAGACCCAUCAAAAAGAACUUCCAGACCUCAAAAACCAACUCUGCGAAAACCUACAGGCACAAAACCCUCAGCUGUUCUCUCCAAAAAGGACUUUUCCAAACCCCGGACCUCAAAAUCCAAAACUCUUCGCCAAAAACGAAAAUCAUGUUUACACAAAAGGAGCACUCCAGAUCUGCUCAAUAUCAUCAGUUCAGAUUCUGAAGGGCCCUUCUACCAAUCAAUUUUCCAGAUGGAGUAUCCCAAGCAAGCAACUGCCAGAGAAACAGGAGAAAAUAAAGAAAACAUUCAGAAUAACCAGAUUUUCAAGAAGAAAGUUAAGGCCAAAAGAAAAAGCGUGAUUAAUAAAGCAACCAAGAGGAAACCCCUCAGUGUGAUAGAGACCUGCAGCGGCCGAACUAGAAAGGGAACAUUUAGGGGAGAUAAGAGUAAAGCUGGAACAGUAGUUGAGGAAGCAAUAUCACAUAGAAAGACUUUAAAGGGGAAAAGUAAAACUAAUAUUAUCAAAAACUCUAUUAACAAAAAGAUAGCAGAACCAAAAGAUUCUAAAUUUAAAAAGGGGUUGAAACAGAUCAAGCAAGAUUCAAAUAUCUCAGGGAAAUUAACAAAUAAUGUUCACACCUCAACUCCAAAGUUAAUGGAAGCUAUUAAGAAGAUUUAUAAGGAAAAAUACCUCAAUACAAAAGGUUUUAAGACCUCUAGACCUAACGAUGCAAGCUAUGAAUAUUCAACCAGAAGCAAUAAGAAUCUCGAUCUCGAGCAUGAAAAUGCUCCUGCUGAAGAAAACAAGGUGUGGGAAUAUCCCCUUAAGAAGCCAGUUGUGAAAAAAUCCGAAAAUCCUAAAAUAUCCAGAAGAAAGCUUAGUCGAUCCUCUUGCUCAAAGAGCAAGAAGGAUCUAGGCAUGGACUUUUUAGAGAUCAAACCUAAGAAGUCAGCAAAACCAAAAUAAACCUAAUACGAAAAUUAAGAAGAAUAUAAAGGAACACAGGAUUGUCAACAUUUCCGUUCACAAGGAUAAAACUAGAAAUGAAGAUUGUUGCUCUGCUUAUAACUAUGAAGUCAAUGAGAACCGGACUCGAACUUUUGAAGAUUAUGCAAAGAGCAAGACGAAGAAAUCUAAAGCACCAGUAAAGAAAAAGAUUCAGAAGCCUAAUAAAACAAUUUGAAAAGGUAUCAAGACUAAGAGAAAAUUUAAAGAGAAAUCUAAGUUGUUAAAGGUCAAAAAGGGGAAGCUUAAGCUGAAUAAGUCCUGAAUUAGCAAACUCUGAAAGGCUGGCUCCAGAACUUCCCGAAUCUCUGAUAGGUCGUAUAAUGGACCAGUUCAGGUCAACACUUCUAAGAAUAAGCGAAAAAGAUCUGGAUCGAUAAGCAGUAACUCAAAUAAGGAUUCCAAGAGGACUAAAAGCAAAUCCAAAGGCAUAAAGCCUGCUAGCUCUAUGAAAAUGAUCAAUGUUGGCAACUUUGAAGAUGGAUUUGAGGAUGAAAAGCCAUAUGAGUAUGUAAGAUUCAUAAUUUUUAGAGAUAACGCUCAAUCAUCUAAUUAUAUCAAAUACAAGAGUUUCCCAAGUAAAUUUAAAAGAUGCAGAGAGAAAAGUAUUAGCGAGCUUCAAUUCUCACUCCAACAGCAGAUAGAGAGCAUAGAGGGUAUUGAAAAAUCUGUCCAACAUAGUUUGAAGGAAAAGAAGAUUCCUCUAAAGAAAAAUCUUUCAAAGAUUAAAGCUAAGAAUAGUAAGAAUGAAGGUAACAGAAAAUUGAAAAGAAGCAAGUCUAGUCUCUCCAAGAGCAAGGUAUUGAGUAAGAAUAAAACCAAAGCUCGACUAGGCAGGCACAAAAGAAGUAAAAAUGGGAGUAAAAGUUCUGCUAAUCUCAGAUCUCUGAGUCAAAAGAACGAAAGUCAAGGGAAGAGAAUAGAGGUAGCAAUUCCAUUUCAAGGAAUUUUCAUGCAGGAUGUAUCUAUUGAGUCUACUCCUAAGCUAGUAAAUCCACAACUAACAGAGCAAGAAUCGAUCAUAAUUAUCCAAAAAUGGUGGAGAUCAGUGCUUUCUCUUAGAAAAGCAAAUUGAAUAAGUAACUUAAGUAAAGAUCACCCACCGAUAAAAUAAUUUGAAGAGGAAAAAGGUGAAACAUAGCUUCAGCUUUGGAAUGGAUCCUAAUUACACCAAUAUCACGAGUAACUCAAACAACAGCAACGCAAUGUUUGGAUGUGUGACCAGCAAAGAAACUCCUAUCUUCAUAUCUCAAGGAUUCAGUGAAGAGUAUACCAACUAUAAAGACAAAGAUGGUUGAAAGAAGACUAUUAUAAGUAAGGGAUCUGAGUCUGACCUCAACCCAUUACUGACAGAAGGAACUCAAGAAGUUAGGCCAGAGAUCGAUAUUACUAGUAUCGAAUUCAAUAAAGAGCCACAAAUGAGAGAAAGAUCUCGUCCUAUGGCUAUUGAGAAACCAGCAGUUGAGGAAAUCUUUAUUCUAAACCCAACAAAGCAAAAUUCAGGUCAUGCUCCAGCGAAGAUUGAUCAAAGCAUUAAGAAGAGGGAAAAAUCUUUUGACAGAAACAAUAAUUUCAGCUCUUCAAAAGUAGAAAUUUCUUCUGAAUUUCAAGACAGUCCUUUAUUGAAAAGUAAGCCAGAAGAUAAGAUUGAAAGCAGGUUGGAGAAUAUCCAUGACCUAGCUCCAAUGACUCUGAGUAGGACAAUGAAAAGAAAGUUAUGAAAGAAGAGAUCUAAGAGUUUGAAAGAAGCUACCCCUCAAAUGAAAGGUCUCUUACAUGAGGUAAUGAAAGAUAUGGUUCUCGAAUUGAUAGACAUUGAAGAUUUCACAAGUCUGAGGUUGAAUAAAUCCAAAAAUGACAUCAUUCCUUCUCCAAGAAUUGAAGCGAAUCUUUUAUCUUCUUGCAGCAGUGAAGACAUGGACAACAUUGUAGUAAAUAAGCUGAUUCUAGAUGAUUCUGAAGACUCGAUGGUACAUGACCAAGAGCUGAAGAUUGAGGAUUUAAUACAAGAUCUUAAGGACGAACAUUCUAACUCACCUUCAGAGUGAAAUUACGAUUUAAAUUUCAAGGGAGACUCUUUCAUGAAUUUAGUUGAGUCUAAAAACAUGUCAGAUUCCAGUGGUCCAUCAGCACUGUUUAAAAACUCUUUCCCUGACCUAAACCAACCAAUGAUUCGAGAUUUCUUAUGCAAGGCAUCUUUUAGCAACACUGAGUUGAUAAGCCAGCUGCCUAAAAUAAAUGAAGAGCUCGACCGUCAGUACAAUACUGAAGGGAGAAAACAGUCGGGUGAUAAGUCUGAUAGAUAUAAUGAGAAAUGGUGUGAAGCUCCUAAGAGUUCUAUUGAGAAUAGUGAAAAAUCAGAGAAAGAGACAUGCUCUAAUGCCAUGAAAGCUAUCAGUGAGGCUAAACUCACAACUGAGAGAAUCAAGAAUUUGCUCAAUAGGAGCCAGAACCAAUUGAAAAACAAAGAUUUUGAAGCUAUUUCUAAUUAUGAUUCUGAAAGCUCUCAAAGUAGGAUCUCUCAGUUAAAAGAGAAGAUAGCAAGAGAGAUGAGCAAUAGUCCCUUGAAACCUAAUUUAAGUAUUCCAGGAAGGAUUCAAAACUCUCCAUUGAAGAACCAAAGAAAUUCUGAUAUCGAAGUCAAAAUUAUUACAGACUUAUUGAUUAAGAAUUUAAUUUCUGAUUGAAUAAAAAUUCCUCAAAGAAAAUCGGAGAAUGAAGAAAUUCAACCAGUUAUCGAAUGAGCUCUAAAUCUAGAUCUCUUAGAAGAUGAGAUCCCAGACCAAAAUGUCAUUGUAGGUCCAGUUGGUAGAAGAAUUAUCCCCGAUGACUUACUUGAAAGGAACUGCAUCAAUAUUUUUCAAGAUUUUGAAUCUAUUGAAACUCAAGACCUCCAAAAAUAUGACAUUAACUCUAUGAUGAAUCCUUCAACCCUAGAAUUUGACCCCUACUUGCUUUUUGAGAAAUCAAGGAGUCGCAAACAGAAGAAGGAAUUAGAUCAAUACUUGUUAGAGGAUUUCCUUGAUGAAGUUUUUAACAAAAUAUGUGUGAGGAAAGAUCUAUUUCUGAUAGCCUUCUCACAGCCAACUCAGAAUGACCCUCUGAUUUGUUUAGAGGAGAUUCAGAAUCAGGCUAGAUCAAAGAAAGUUAGGGAUCCAAGAGAUUACACUUUGACUGAUAACUUAUUCAAAGCUGCAUGCCAGGCAUUUAUUCCGUCCCAAGACCAGUGAAGUAUCUGAAACACUUCGAUGCCCAUCGCUCUGCUCUAUGGGACCCAGAAAGAUCUUUGAAUAUGCAACUGCAAUUUCCAGAUGAAUCACGAUGAAUUUUUAGACACAACUGGAUAUAAGGAGAAGAUCAGUGAGACUUCAUUGAAAGUUUCUAUUUAUGAAAGUUCAAAAUUGAUCCAUUACAAAGCGAUAUUUGAUGGAAUAAAUGAAGCUAUUAACUCCAUUCGUCCCAUGCAGAACUUUAAAGCCCAUUUACCUUGGAGCAGUAUGAAGGUGCUUCCGGAAUACGAUAUCACAGAAGUACAACGGAUUUACUCUAAAGUUAAGGAAAUACUCACUUCUUGGUCUAGCUCCAAUGCUGGUCCUCUUCCAUGCUCUGAUUGAUAUACAGAAAAUGAUUUCAAUGAGGAGUUAUUCACUGAAAUGAGGGAACAAAAUCUCAACCUGAUGCUAUCAGAAGAAGUCAGCAAUGAAGCAUCAUAUAAAUUCUACGAUAUUGAAGAAACAGAAGUGAAAAUUCAAUUGAGUAAGGAUAUCUUUGACUUCCUUCUAUCAGAGACUGUUGAACUUCUUAAUCUACUUGAAUAA